UUUUCCUGGGGGAGUGAGCCUCUUGCUCCCGGCACCCAGCGCCGGUUCUGGCGCUGCAAAAGCAAGGACCUCUUCUCUGCAUAGGACGAAAAGGAGCACCUGGGCACCACCAUGCAAGCUGAGCCCAAAAUAGAGAUGCGGGGAGGAAAAAGUUUUAGGCUCAUCUGUCCCGGCUCAGGGCUUUGCACCUCGCCUCACUCGGAGGAAGGAAGUAAGGAAAGUGCAUGGUUGGGCGAGUUGUCCAGGUUAGUCCUGCAAGGGGGCCCUGGUACCCCAGCAGUCUCCCUCACCCAGUACGCACAGCCCCUCCGCUCACCCUCCUAGGGCAACAAGGCAAGGCGAGGCCAGGCGGCGCAUCCCAGCAGCUCAAAGCAGGUGGCUCCAAGGGUCUCAAGGACCCUUUGGGGACACUCCGAUGGCAUUCUGUUACUUAAGCCAAAGGCUGAAAACCCAUUCUGUAGCACCUCUCAUGGGUCUGUGUGACCUGGAGUCAGUUCCUGUCCCUUCGCUUCUAUGAGUUCGCUUUUCCUCAUCGAUUUGAUGGGUAGGGUGACCCUAAGCUCGACCUCCCCCUAGUCACGAAGACUAGAUGAGUGUGGGCACUUCUGGGCUCACCCUGCCUCUACUGAGUGCCGCACUUAGGGGUCAGUACCGAAGAAGCCACCAGUGCUAUCUCUAAGAGGGAGAAGCUCUUCUCACACUUCCCCCACCGCUGGCCGUGGCACCCCCAGAUUUCCAGCUUCUCAGGCCCCAAUCUUGGAGACGGAGACGUCCUUGCCUGAUCCCCUGCCUUUAAAUCUCUUAAGAAGAGCCUGCUGUUCUCUCUUCCCUGAGCUGCCUGUUUGGGGGCAUGGAACUACCAACAAAGCCUGAUGUCUUUGACCUGGGCCUGGGCACAUGGAACCCCAGCUCAAAGGAGAGUCGAGAGGCUUGGUCACACCGCAAGGGUGUUGGCAAACGACUGCCUGAGUACAAGGCGGUGGUGGUGGGUGCAAGUGGUGUAGGCAAGAGUGCAUUGACCAUCCAGAUGACCCACCAGUGCUUUGUGGAAGACCACGACCCCACCAUCCAAGAUUCCUACUGGAAGGAGGUGGCCCUGGACCGUGGGGGCUAUAUUCUGAAUGUGCUAGACACUGCAGGGCAGGAAACUCACAGGGCCCUGCGUGACCAGUGCUUGGCAGUUGGUGAUGGUGUGCUAGGUGUCUUUGCUCUCGAUGAUCCUUCAUCUCUGACCCAGCUGCAGCAGAUAUGGGCCACCUGGAGUCCUCGCCACCCCCAGCCUCUAGUCCUGGUGGGCAACAAGUGUGACCUUGUGACCAGCACUGGAGAUGCUCAUGCUGCUGCUAUAGCCCUGGCUCAAAGCUGGGGAGCCCCAUUCGUGGAGACCUCAGCUAAGACCCGGCAAGGUGUGGAGGAAGCCUUUUCCCUGCUCAUCCAAGAGAUCCAAAGGGUCCAGAAGGCCAUGGCAGUGUCAUGUGAGGAGAAGUCCCAGCACCAGAAGGCCAUGUGCAGCUGUGGCUGCUCUGUGGCCUGAAGAUAUAGGUCUGGAAAGAUGUCUUCUCCCACAGGCCAGGGUGAUGAUUCCUUUGAUAUGAGACACCCCCUAUCAACUAGUAUCAUGGACACUGUUGGUGUAAUGGGCAUAGAUGGACACACUUUAAUUUUCAUUUGGUGAGGGUUUUUUUUUUUUUUUGGCAACACGGGGGUUUCUAAUGUUGGCUAUGUUAUGUCA